AUGCAGCAGGAAUGUGCGCUGGGCAUGUCUGUGAUUGGCCGACGCAGCACCUCGUCGGACGAUGUUCCACAACUGAAGCAGCAGAGAGAUAAACUGCGUCAGUAUCAGAAGAGAAUCAACCUGCAGCUGCAGAAAGAGAGAAGUUUAGCCAAGCAGCUGCUCAAAGAUGGCAAGAAAGAGAAGGCUCUGCUGCUGCUGAAGAAGAAGCGCUACCAGGAUCAGCUGCUGGAUAAAACAGAAAACCAGAUCAGUAACCUGGAGCGGAUGGUUCAGGACUUGGAGUUCGUCCAGAUUGAGAAGAAAGUGAUCGAUGGUCUGAAGGUUGGAAACGACUGUCUGAAGAAAAUGCACGAGGUGAUGUCUAUUGAAGAAGUGGAGCGGAUUAUGGAUGAAACUCAAGACGCCAUCGAGUAUCAAAGACAAAUAGACGACAUGUUGGCCGGAUCGUUGUCUCAGGAAGAUGAAGACGCUGUUCUGGCUGAACUGGAGGAGAUUACUCAGGGAGACGUUGAGCUUCCCUCAGUUCCCUCAGACGAGCUGCCGGAAGUCCCAGCAGCCUCAGAGAAGAAACCAGAGAAGGAACGAGCGAGAAAGAAAGCCGAGCCGGAGCUUCUGGCUGCGUAGAAACUCAACUUCCUGUUGGACUUUUAUUCUGACACACUCCAACACACACACACACACACACACACACACACACACACACACACACUAUGACGGCAGAUGUUUUGGGGCUUCCUUUCAUCCCAUCCGGCCGCUGUUUCCGUCUCCUUGACGACGAGGAUGCUGAUUUUUUUAGAACCAUGAAGCGCUGUGAGAUCAGAUAACUGUGCCUAACAUUCGUCUCCUUGUUAUUAUAAACCCAAAAUCAUUUUUAACUGACGUUUAAAUGCAUGUGUGUAUUUACUCAGUGUGUAACUCAUCAUGUUUUUAAAGGGUCACUUCACCCAAAAUUACUAAAAAAAGAUAUUUACCCUCUAACAUCGAUUAUUGUUGUUUUUUUCUUGUUUAAUUUUUUUCACCUUUUUACAUAAAACUCUAAAAAGCUGCAACGGUUACUGGAUUCAUU